AUGCCUUCCUCGCCCAACAACUCCAACGACAAAUCCCAGGCCCAGACUUACAACUCACACAACUCGCCGACCAACCCCACCGACAGGAUACGCAGCAUCGCCAACCAGAUGGCUUCCCCAGUACUCACAACCAGCUUCCCAGCUGAUGCUGUCCCUCAAGCGCCUGAGGACCCUCUGUUUGGUCUGAUGGCAGCGUACAGGGCAGACACGAGCCCGGACAAGGUCGAUCUGGGAAUCGGAGCGUACCGUGACGAUAAUGCAAAGCCAUGGAUCCUGCCAGUCGUCAAGAAGGCCGAUGAGAUCAUUCGCAAUGAUCCAGACCUGAAUCACGAAUACCUGCCCAUCGCCGGUCUUGCCUCCUUCACCACCAAAGCGCGCGACCUGGUCCUCGGGCCUUCGUCAGCCGCCAUCGCCGAGAAGCGUGUCACCUCCGUCCAGACCAUCUCCGGCACGGGAGCCUGCCACCUGGGCGCCCUCUUCCUCGCCAGGUUCUACAAGGGCAACCGGACGGUCUACCUCUCCAACCCGACAUGGGCCAACCACAACCAGAUCUUCAGCAAUGUCGGCCUGCCCAUCGCCACCUACCCGUACUUUGACAAGAAGACCAAGGGCCUCGACUUCGAGGGCAUGAAGAAGACCAUUUCCGAGGCCCCCGACCGCAGCAUCAUCCUGCUGCACGCCUGCGCCCACAACCCCACUGGCGUCGACCCGACCGAGCAGCAGUGGCGCGAGAUCGCCGACGUGAUCCGCGCCAAGAACCACUUCCCCUUCUUCGACACCGCCUACCAGGGCUUCGCCUCGGGGGACCUGGACCGCGACGCCGGCGCCAUCCGGUACUUUGUCGAGCAGGGCUUCGAGCUGCUCGUCGCCCAGUCCUUCGCCAAGAACUUCGGCCUGUACGGCGAGCGCGCCGGCUGCUUCCACUUCGUCACGGCGCCCACGGGCCCCUCGGCGCCCGAGACCGUCACCCGCGUCGCCUCGCAGCUGGCCAUCCUGCAGCGCUCCGAGAUCAGCAACCCGCCCAUCUACGGCGCCCGCGUCGCCUCCACCGUGCUCAACGACGACCGCCUCUUCGCCGAGUGGAAAGAGAACCUGCGCACCAUGAGCGGCAGGAUCAUCAGCAUGCGCAAGGCGCUGCGGGGGAAGCUCGAGGAGCUCGGCACCCCGGGGACCUGGAACCACAUCACCGACCAGAUCGGCAUGUUCAGCUUCACCGGCCUGACCGAGGCCCAGGUCCUGAAGCUGCGCCAGGAGUUCCACGUCUACAUGACCAAGAACGGCCGGAUCAGCAUGGCGGGCCUGAACACGCGGAACGUCGAGUACUUUGCAAAGGCCGUGGACAAGGUCGUGAGGGACUCUUCAUAG